AUGGCACAGCCUCAACCAGGUGGUCAGGAUUACCUCGACAAGGCUGUCGACAAGGCCGAACAAAUGGCAGGCAAGAAGAGUGGCCACCAAAUCGACUCUGCGAAGAUGAGGGGUACCAACGAGAAGAUCACGGACAAGCUUCGCGGCAUGUUCGAGAAGUUCACGGGCAAGAAGGUGCCUGCCAAAGUCUCCAACUAG